AUGCGAGCGCGGUCUACCGGGCAGGAUCCGAAGGCCUGGUUCCACUCCGAGCUCUCCGCUUUGCUGUGUCACCUUGACGCGAGCCUUCUCUCCGUGCAGCCGAGACAGAUCUCUCCCGUCUCGGCGUCUCCCGUCUCUCUGCUACGUUCGAAGCUCUUAACGGGUGCCAGCAAGGUCAACCUUGUGAAGAUUGCGUCCACGGCCUCCAGCCCACGGGACACAGCCCUGGCUGCCGUCAUCUGCAGCGCCCUGGCCACCGUCCUGCUGGCCCUGCUCAUUCUCUGCGUCAUCUACUGUAAGAGGCAGUUCAUGGAGAAAAAGCCCAGCUGGUCUCUGAGAUCCCAGGACAUUCAGUACAACGGUUCUGAGCUGUCAUGUUUCGACAGACCUCAGCUCAACGAAUACGCCCACAGAGCCUGCUGCCAGUGCCGCCACGAUGCGGCCCAGACCUGCGGGCCUGUGCACCUGAUCCCGUCCUUGUGCUGUGAGGAGGCCUGCGGCGCCGGGCGGGCGGCUCUGGGCUGUGGGACGCAUUCUGCGGCCGAGCUUCAAGAGAGGAGCGCGGCCCCGGCCGGGGAGGCGAUGCCCGCGUUCUUCGGGUCCCUCUCGAGGUCCGUCUGCGGCGAGUUCUCGGACGCCUGGCCUCUGAUGCAGAACCCCAUUGGUGGCAGCGACGACAUCUCUUUUUGUGACUCUUAUCCCGAACUCACUGGAGAGGACGUUCAUUCUCUCAAUCCGGGAAAUGAAAGCUCAACGCCUUUGGAUUCAAACAGCGGUCAGGAUUUGGUUGGCGGAGCUGUUCCAAUUCAAGCUCAUCCCGAAAACUCUACAGAAACUACUGAUUUAUCUAGAUACAACCCCACGCCGGCAGGCCCAGCCCUAGCUCAGCACGCACUGACCACGGGAAGCCAGCCGGACCAGGAGAGCGGCGCUGUCGCUAACCUACCCGCGCACAGGGCUCUCCAGGAAGCCUAAAGGACUUGCUUCUUUCCGCAGUAGAAGCGUGUGUCUGGAGCCCAAAGAACACUCCUCCGCUAGGCUUAUAGACUAAGCACAGUCUGCACCGAGCACAGCUUCCGGGGGAAAACAAUAAAUCUGAACCAAACUGAUGGCAUUUUAAGCCUUUCAGCCAGUUGCUUUUGUGCCAGGGCAGCUGUAAGUUGAAACCUUGGUGAAUAAGAAGAAGACUCCAGGCAGACUCAUGGCACUUUGUGUCUUUCGUAUACUAGAACCUUCUCUGCUACAAGAGUGACUUCAAAGACUGAGGGGUUGAAUUUGCAGCCUACAAGAUUGCAGACCUCUAACAAGAAACAGAAAUGCAUCCGUGCCUAUUUUCACGGUGAAUGUGGUUUUGUGAGACUGAAGACCCAGGGUAUAAACUUUCAUUUUCCUUCCAGAAAAGUUUCAUAUAGCCUAUGAAAUGUCAGAUUCACGACCUUAGUUUUUAUGUGGAAUGGGUUUGAAAGUGAGUGUUUCCAUUUGAGAAGGUCACUUUUUCAUCAUCUAAACCGAUUAGCUUAGGUGGUUAGAAUUGACUUCACACUGCCUGCCUAAACCUUGGGUUUGUUAGAUGAAGUUAACUGACCUAAGGGAGCAAUCGGAGGGGAGCAGCUCCUUUCCAAAAGCCUCUCUUCUGCCCUCAGUCUCCGUCUCAUGAACACCUGUGGUGCUGGCAGCGAGACAGGCCUGGCGUAGGGAACCUUCUCAGGAAAGGGAGUCCCGUCGCCCUGAGUUAAAAACCACUCGAUGCACAUAUCGUAGAGACUUGUAUGCAAAGGUUAGCAUGUUUGUGUGAAAGCUAGUUAAUAUAGAAACACUUGUUACAAACUGUCCCUGUACCUGAGCUCAGAAGAGCCAGAAUUUCUUUUAUAGAAAAGGGGUAUUUAUGAACACAAUGAUCUUUUAUUUGCGUUGCAUCUUAUGCUAAAGGCUUUAGAAAUCACAGCAUGUCAGAUCCCCUACUAAUGAAGUAGCCUUCAGUGAGAAUACGCUACAUGUUAGAACCAGGAGAAAACACACAAUUUGGGGACAGGGGGUGUGAGGUGAACAGCCUGUCACUGCCAUGGUCAAACCACCAUGAUAUCUGAAUUGUUCCCUCCAAUCUUGUAUGAUUAGUUAGCACAUGAUCUCCUAUCUUUUAGCCAAUAAUGUUGGAUUUAGGAGAACGGUGCUACUUCUGUUAAGGUGCUCCGUCACCUACCACCUUGGUAAUUUACGCACUAGAAUGGUCUCUAGGGCUAAGAAAUUAACCCAGUUCAGUCAUGAAGGAGGCAAUGGCUCAUUUGCUCUUAAUCUUCAUGCCCUGGGGAGGACUUAAUUGAGCAGGAUUUUUUUUUCUCCUGCUUGAACCUACAUGAUCAGAUCUGGCCCUUGUCUUUUAACUGCUUACCGUUAGCUCUGUCACCUUUAUAUUAAUGCUUAAACAAGAAACAGACUUUUGAACAUCAGUAUGUUAGAGUGCUCUAAGAUAUUUUGUUCUGGAAUUGACCUGCUCAAAUUAAUGUCAUUUACCUAACAUUUAAACUGAAUACUGAAAUUAACUGAUAUUUCCUAGGACGUUUUUAUUUUCUCACUUACUACUCCAUGGUUUUCUCUCUUUGCAAGACAUUAGAAUGCUUGGAUGAGCCUCUUCCUUGUGGCCUUUUCUCUAUUCAUGGUUUUAAGUUCCAGUGUGUGGAUACUAGCUUGCCUGUGCCUGGUACUUCUCAUGACCUUGGUUCCCUUACCUGAAAUAGGACAUUAGUGUGUCUGGUGGCAACCCACAGUCCUUCAUCUGUC